AUGGAGGGAGAGAUUAGAAAUGCUGAUUUAUUGCUCUCACUACUAGGAUUAUCGCCGCUGCUGGAAGGGUGGAAGUUAAGAGGGAGUGGGCGGCUUAGCCGUAGACUCAGUCGCCGGAACUCAGUCAACUCGCUUCGCAAUGAAUUUAUCUCCAGGCUGCCCGAUAAGGUCCGGUCAGGAGUUGACCCUGAGUCCUCCUCUCUCUUUGAUCUCUCUAGAACUAUGGGUUUAACCAAAGGAGAAAAGGAAUAUUAUGACAAACAGUUUGCAACCUUGAAAUCAUUCGAGGAAGUCGAUUCCUUCGUGGCAUCUGACUCUGUAUAUGAGGAAGAUCUAGAAGAACAAGCACAACACGAGAGAGCAAUGAAAAUUUCUAAUUAUGCAAAUAUUUUACUGCUGGCUUUUAAGAUAUUUGCGACAGUAAAGAGUGGAUCACUUGCCAUUGCUGCAUCAACCCUGGAUUCCUUACUUGAUCUCAUGGCUGGAGGAAUACUUUGGUUCACCCACCUCUCAAUGAAAAACAUUGACAUUUAUAAAUAUCCGAUUGGGAAAUUGCGGGUGCAGCCAGUAGGCAUCGUCGUUUUUGCUGCUAUAAUGGCUACACUAGGCUUUCAGGUACUGGUUCAGGCUAUAGAACAACUAGUCGAAAAUAAACCUCCUGCAAAGAUGACCACUGAACAGCUUGUAUGGUUGUAUGCAAUCAUGAUAACUGCCACAGUCGUAAAACUUGUCCUGUGGAAUUACUGCAGAAGCUCUGGAAAUAAGAUUGUUCGAGCCUACGCAAAGGACCAUUAUUUCGAUGUGGUAACUAAUGUGGUAGGAUUAGUUGCCGCAGUUCUAGGUGACAAGUUCUUCUGGUGGCUUGACCCUGCUGGAGCCCUUAUCCUUGCAAUUUAUACGAUUUCAAACUGGUCGGGAACUGUUCUAGAAAAUGCAGUGUCACUAGUGGGACAAUCUGCACCUCCUGAAGUAUUGCAGAAACUGACAUAUCUUGUGAUCAGACACCCACAAGUCAGGCGCGUUGACACUGUUCGCGCAUACACGUUUGGCGUUCUAUAUUUUGUCGAGGUUGAUAUUGAACUCCCAAUAGAUUUGCCCUUAAACGAAGCUCAUACAAUUGGAGAGACACUACAGAUAAAGAUUGAGAAACUUCCUGAAGUCGAACGAGCAUUCGUUCAUCUUGAUUUCGAAUGUGAACAUAAACCCGAGCACUCUAUUCUGAGCAGGCUUCCCAACAGUGAGCCUUGA